AUGGCUGGAGACAAGGAAAGUGUUGCAGACAAGGACACCUUAGAUACCUCGAGUCCCAUGUACAUGCAUCCAUCGGAGAGUGCAGGUUCAGUGUUGGUACCUGUAGCUUUUGAUGGCACAGGAUAUAGAUCUUGGAGAAGAGGUGUACUUAUAGCCCUCUCAGUGAAGAAUAAGGUUGGUUUCAUAACACGGAAGUGUCAGAAACCAGUAAUUGGACAUGUAACUUUUGAUCAGUGGGAACGAUGUGAUGAUAUGGUGACUUCAUGGAUUUUAAAUUUCCUUUCAAAGGACCUAGCGGAUAGUUUGCAAUAUGUGAGUGAUGUAAAGGAGUUAUGGCAGGAGUUAGAAGAUAGGUAUGAUCAAACCAACGGUGCAAAACUAUACCAGCUUCAGAAGGAAAUUAAUGAUCUGAGUCAAGGAACUCUUGACAUAACAGGCUAUUAUACAAAAAUGAAGAAGCUAUGGGAAGAGCUGAAUGCACACGCACAAUGCAGCUGCCAAUGCACCUGCGGAGCUAAAGCUAAUAUGCACAAGGCUAAGCAAGAUAGAAGACUGAUACAGUUUUCGAUGGGUUUAAAUGAGGUGUAUACUAUUGUGAGAGGGAGCAUACUGAUGAUGAACCCCCUUCCAAGCAUUGCACAAGCCUUUUCUAUUCUCAUACAAGAAGAGAAGCAAAGAGAAGAUAAACCACACAAUCAACAACUGGUGAUUGAAUCCACAUCACUGAAUGCUAAUGGUCCAGGAAACAACAACUUUAGAACAAACUACAACCAACACAUGAAUUCUUCUGGGAACAAUAGUUAUGGAAGAGGCCAUAUGGGAAAUAGACCUAGUCCAUUCUGUGAUUUCUGCAAGAGGCCAAGACACACUAAGGAUAAAUGUUAUAAACUUCACGGGUACCCUCAGAACUUGAAGUACAACAAUGGUAACAGGGGAAAUAAACUAGCAGCAAAUGUGUUUGAUACAACAGGUAAUGGGACAAAUAUGACAGAUGAAGGAGGAAACCUUCAGGAGCAAAGUCGAACCAUGCAACAAUUGAGUAAGGAACUAUAUAAACAACUGCUGAGCAUAUUGGAAAGCUUUAAGAAUGGAAACAAUGGAGACAACUCAGGAAACAUCAACAUGACUAGUGGAGCUGUUAACUUUGCAGGUAUGACUGUUUGUACCACCUCUGUUCGGCCCAGUAAACAGUCUCAUGAAAGUUUCAAAGAAAAUGCUGAUUCCUGGAUUCUUGACUCAGGAGCCACUAACCAUAAGACUUAUAACAAAGCCUCAUUGAGUAAUAUCAAAACUCUAGUUUACCUCUUUUUGGUCUCUUUACAAAAUGGAUAUAAAGUAAAGGGCCUUUCACUGAGGAGGCCUCUGGAGAUUGGUAAAGCCAAAGGCAGUCUGUAUUUUCACUAUUCAAGUUCAGGAAAGAACAAUUCUUCUGCUGUCACUAAAGUUUUCACCACACCACUCACACACAGUUCUGCACCUAGUGCAUCCAUCUCAGGACCUACCAUGAGUUAUUUUGACACUGCCAGUCCUACUGGUAACAGUAAUAGUGAUAAUCCACUACAACAAUCAAUGUCACCUGAACUUUCAUUUGGCAAUGACACCAAUGCCAACAUUUAUGAACCUGCAGCAGCUAUACCUGCUUGGCAACAGGCCAUGAACCAGGAAUUUGAUGCACUCUUCUCUAAUCAUACCUGGGAUCUUGUCUCACUACCUGCAGGAAAGAAAGCAAUAGGUUGUAAGUGGGUAUACAAAAUCAAGCAUAAGGCAUAUGGGAGUGUUGAAAGAUUUAAAGCUAGGCUAGUUGUUAAGGGCUACACUCAGCAGGCAGGGAUAGAUUAUACUGAGACCUUCUCACCAGUGGUGAAGAUGACUACUGUGAGAGCAUUGGUCAGCAUUGCAGUAAAGAAGAACUGGGAAAUCUUUCAGCUUGAUGUAAAUAAUGAUUUCCUACAUGGAGACCUAAAUGAAGAAGUAUACAUGCAAGUACCACCAGGGCUAUCAGUAGGAAAACAGAAUUUGGUGUGCAAGCUGAACAAAUUUUUGUAUGGAUUGAAGCAGGCAAGUAGGCAGUGGUAUGCCAAGCUAACUGAAGCCCUAUGUUCUAAAGGAUAUGUGCACUCCAUGCUAGAUUAUUCUUUAUUUUACAAAAGGGAAGGACACUCAGUUAUUUUUGUAGCAGUUUAUGUAGAUGAUGUUCUCCUAACAGGGACAAAUUUGGAAGAAAUUAAGGCAUUGAAGACCUUCCUACGGGAGACUUUUAAGAUAAAGGAUCUGGGGAGAUUACACUACUUCCUAGGAUUGGAGAUACUAUACAAGCAUGAUGGAGUAAUAAUCACACAAAGAAAAUUUACAAGCGACCUGAUAAAGGAGUUUGAAUUCUCACAUUGCACUUCAAUGUCCUCUCCACUUGAUCCUUCAACAAAGUUAAAGGCAUCUGAGGGCAGCUUACUCACAGAUCCCACUCAAUACAGGAAACUAGUGGGGAAACUAAACUUUCUCACUAACACACGACUUGAUAUUGCUUAUAGUAUUCAACAUCUCAGUCAAUACAUGCAGAGUCCUCGAGAUUCUCAUCUCAAAGUAGCUAUGCAUAUGCUCAGAUACUUGAAAGGUGAUCCUGGUCUGGGGAUCUUCCUAUCAAAUAGUGCAGACUAUAGAUUGAGAGCUUUUUGCGAUUCAGAUUGGGCAGCUUGCCCUGAGACUAGGAAAAGCAGAAUACAGGUCUGUGAGAAAGGUCGUUGCAGAACUUGUUUGGCUAUCCAAACUUCUGGAGGAGCUAACCAUGCUCUAACUCUUCCUAUUCCAGUCUACUAUGAUAAUCAAGCAGCUUUGCACAUUGCGAGAAAUCCAGUAUUUCAUGAACGAACAAAGCACAUAGAAGUCGACUGCCAUUUUGUUAGGGAUAAGCUCAUUGAAGGGUUGAUUUCUCUGCAUUAUGUCCACACAGAUGACCAACUAGCAGACAUACUUACUAAAUCUUUGACGGGCAUCAAGCAUUCUUCACUACUUCACAAGUUGGCAUUUGAGAUUCUCUCGAAGCUUCCUCAUCUUCUCUGA